AUGACUAUGAAGAGUGGAAAAUCCUCGCGGCAGAUGUUCACCCCUGAAGAAGAUAUGCGUUUGAAAAAUAUUAUUACUGAAUACCAAUCUAACAACAAGAUUUUAGACUGGAAUCAAAUUUCUAUGCAAAUGGGGACAAAAAACGCCCGACAGUGUAAAGAUAGAUGGAUUUACUAUCUAGAUGAUAAUGUUGACAGAUCUCCAUUUACACCAUAUGAAAAUUAUAUGCUUUUAUGGUCAAUCAAUAAACUUGGUAAAAAAUGGACUCAAAUAUCACAAUUAUUUCCAAAAAGAACAGAUGUAUCAAUUAAAGCACAAUAUAAAAAAUUAAUUAGAAGAGAUGCAACUCUCGAAAAUGUUUUUAAAAUAAGUAAUGCAAAAUACUACAAACAUCCAAAGAAAAAAGAAGAGCUUCCAAAACAAGAACAUCAAGAAGAUAUUCAAGCCCAAAAAUCGGUUGAUAUUAUUGAACCAGAGAUUGAUGAUUAA